CAAGCUUCACUUGUAUUAGAUGACACUAAAGCUGUUUGAAUUCAUACGCUUCGUCUUGUUCUCGUGUUUUCACGAUUAAAAUCAUGUGGUUGCUAUCAUGUGACCUUUUUGGCGUCAAAAUGGCAGCUUUCGUAUAAAUUUUAAUAAAUGAAUGAACAUGCUGAGCAUUCUGCCAGUGUCAUAAUGGCUGUCUCAAGGUUCUGCCUAUCUCUUUGUCCUCAAGUGUUCUUAGUUCCUGGGCAGCUGGUGUAGGUGUAUGAGGACCCUAGAUAUGGAGUAUCGAUUGAAAGUUGACAUUCUUUUUUUCUUUAGUUUGUACAACUGGUAUAAACAAAAUGUUAACAUCUUUCAGUGUUUACCAACGGUCCGCAAAAACCGAUAAGAAGAGAUAUGGAAAACACGUAGCAUCUCCAUUGACUGUGCCUACAACAUUUUUAUCUUGUGUGUGCCUCUAUGUCAUCAAGGGAAGGAAAGGCCUAUCUUGAUUUAAUUGAUCUUCAAUGUGGCAGCAAGGAUUUUUUUUCUAAAAAUGAUAACCUUGUUCUUUCCAAAGAAAAACUGUACCUAACCUGCCUGGUUCUUUCCAAAGAAAAACUGUACCUCUAGUUCCAGACUUUAAGAGAUAUAUGAUGUCAUUGUCUGAAGAAGAAUCGCAAAGUGUGCAUGAAAAUAACUUUGAGUCAGAUACAGAAACAGAAGAAAGGAACAAAGAUGUUAAAGCCAGUCAGGAAUCUUCUUGUGAAGAUCAUGUUCAAACUCUGGGCAUUAGUGAUCAGUCAGCAGCCAGCAAACAAGCAAAGAAGUCUGAGAAAGCUCCGAAACCUAAAGUGAAGAUAAAAACUCUUACAAUUGAUGGACAGCUAGUAUACUUUUGUAAAAUAUGUGACAAGAUUUUUACAAGGAGAAAAGACAAACUGAAUCAUGAGCUGGCUCACAGCGGAGAGUCAGUCCUCACUUGCACAGAAUGUGGAAAGGAGUAUCUGCAUGAAUCUAGUCUGGCUUCACAUAUGCGGACACAUUCUGCUGAUCAGCUGCACAUGUGUGAACUUUGUCCAAAGAUGUUUGCUCAGAGCCAUCACUUAAAAACUCACAUAUUGUCUCACUCUGAACCAAAUGAUUUUACGUGCAAAACUUGUUACGUUGAAUUUGCCACUGCUGUAGAACUUAACCAUCAUAUUCGUACUGAAAUCAAGCUUGAAAUUUCAUAUUACUGGUGUAAAAUGUGCAAGGUUUAUUGUUGCAGAAAUCAUGGCUUGCAGUGUGACAAAAACCUCCAUGCAUAUCAGUGUUCUGCUUGCAAUGAGCUGUUUUUCACGAAUAAGAAGCUGAGGAUACAUAUGAAAAAGUUUGCUCACCAUUCAGUUCAAAAACCAAAGUUCAUCGAACCUUUAAAGGAGCAUGAGUUGUAUCGUGGCAAGUGUGUGGAUGGAAACAAGAAAUCUUCUGUUCAAGGGGACAAGGAAAAUGUGACAAGAAAGCAGAUCGUUUAUGGAAACAGCAAUCUAAACAAAAGAUUUGCAAGUGAUGAUUUAGAAAAUGAGCUUCCUCCAAAGAGGUUCAAGUUGUCUCCUCGGAAGCUGUGUGUUGAAGUUGACAAUUCGAGUACCUCAAUGCAAGAGUCAGCGCCAGAAAUGAAGAUCGAAUUCAAAUCAGAAAUAAGGUCUCCUGUAAAACAAAGAAAGGGAAAACCCUAUUGCAAGAGAUGCAACAAAUCUUUCAAAGACACACAUGACCUUGAUCGUCACAAAGUACAAAUCCACGAGGAAAAGCAAAGUGCAGCAUCUUGCGAAAUAUGUGGAAUGGAGUUCGCAUCAAAGGAUGAGCUAGCAAAACACAGUACAAAACACAGUGGGGAGAGGAUGCACGCAUGCCCGAUGUGUGGGAAAGAGUUCCUUCACUUGAUCCACCUUACCAAGCAUCUGAGGAGCCACACAGGGGAUUUCCCGUACAAAUGCAGCACGUGCAAGAAGGCUUUUAGGCUCAAAAUUCAGCUGAUCCAACACGUACGACUUCAUGUUGCCCAGGACACCAACGCCUGCGACAAGUGCACGGCUAAGUUCACCUCAAAGCAGGAGCUGCAGGAACAUAUGGUUCAGGCUCAUGGAGAACCUGACUGUUUCAAAUGCCAUCUGUGCAGCAAAACCUUUUCCUUCCGCUACAAGUUGAUUAACCAUCUGAGGCUGCACACCAACGUGAAGUGCUUCCAGUGCUACAUCUGCCACAAGUCGUUUGCCACCAAGCACUACUUACAGCGCCACUUGCAGAUACACAUCAAACAAGGGAUGGAAGUCGACGUGAAGAACAUAAUUGUGGACCAGGAUUCUAAAACAGAGCUGGAUCAUUCUCACGACCAACAGGAGCGUUGUGUUGGAGACACCUGGAGCACAGCCGAGGGUCAGAGAGUACUGGAGAAACAUUGCGCUGGUGUGAAGAGAGGAGAGGAAGUCUUGCCAAAAUCCCAACCUGAGAAUUCAGAUAGCAAAUGUAUUUCAGAGAACUUUGAAUCAAGGAGCACUUUUGUGAGUGAAAGUGCCUCUAAUUCAAGGAAUUAUGAUCUCAAUUGUACGCAUAUCAAGACUGAACCUGUCGAUAGAGACAGUAGUUCAGAACACAGUGUUUGUUCGUCUUUAACCAGGCAUUCAGACAAAAGUGAUCCGUUCAGGUUUUCUUCAGAUGGAUCGACAUCUUUCAAGACCACUAUGGCCAAAGAGAGAAUAAGGAUUCGGAGACGCUGGAAGAAAAUGCAUCUGGCCAGGAAGGCCAAAGCCUUACAGAAUGUUGAAAAAGCUGCUCUGGAAUUGAAAAAGGAAACUGUUUUUUCUGAAGUGAAAAUCGAAGAUGAAAAUGAGAAUGGCGAUGAGGCUGCAGACUACCCACCAACAGAUAUGGUGGUGGAAUUGAAUGGUGUGUGCUCAGAAGUUGAUAAUGUCCUAACACUGUAUGUUGAUGUGACUGAAAAGAAGCCCCCUCUGCUUCCCAUGAAGCAGGAUGCGUCAGUGAUUGCUGCUUUGGAAAGUCCCGAAAAAGUUUCCGCGAGCAACAAGCUGAAUGAUGAUGUAGCAUUCUCAAAUGCUUUAGUUUUGGACAUAGACAUCAGUGACAGCGAUCUUGAUGCUUUGAAAUGUGGGUACAAGUCAUUUAGUUCUCUUGAUAAAUCAAUAUCCGUUUCUGUUGCUUCCAGUAAUACCACCUCCACAUCAGAAUUGCAGGGAAAAUCUGUUGACAGUAGUAAAUCAGAAGCCACACCAAGUCAGUUCUUGUCUGAAAGUCUACCUCAGGAUACUCUUUGUUUCCCAACAGAUUUAGGCAAGAAAGAAGUGAAUGCAGUGAGAGAGAAGACCCACAGUAACAGAAAGAAUGAAAAGCCACAAGUCCCCUCUGUUGUAGUUCCCACUGUUGCAGGGACACUUAAGUCUGGGGCAGCGUCAAAGGACAACUACUCUUCACAAGCCAAGACAGGAAAAACAGGACACGAUGUCGAAGUAUCUUGUAUUCCAGCGUCAGCACAAAAGAUGGUUUCAAGAAGUGCAACGAGCAGCAAACUGCUCUCCCCUGGGAAGACUUCACUGCCGUUGCCUUCGAGCAGUAAGUCUGUGUCAGGUAGUGCACAAUCAAAUCCUGAACGUUCUGGUAUAAUUUACCCGGCUACACCCGCCCCUACCCCACUUAGCCAGAUGCAAGCAAUGAUCUGUAUGAACCUGGGGAACAUUCAGCACAGCACUAAGUCGCUGACCUCCUCGAGACAGUCUGUCGUGACCACGGCCGCAGACACAGCGUCGAAGACACUCCAGUUAGUGCCAUCCUCUAGUGUCUCUCUCGCCAGCCACUUGUUGACCCCGCCUGUCUCGUCCGGUUUGCAAGUUCCUCGUACACCAGCUCUCUCUACGCCAAGUGCUUCAUCUGUCCUCUCUAAUUUUCAUUCACCUCACAAGCUUUCAGUUUCCUCAUGCACUUCUAUGGUCCGAGGCCAACAUGCGACCCAGUUUACAACUUGCCCUUUAUCGAUUGCCCCCAAAACAUUCAAUUUUUCGGCACACUCAUCUAUGGCCCCUCUAACGUCCCAGUUUUCUACACAUGAAUGUUCAGUUGCCCCUCAAUUUACCUCCCAGUCUGCACCUUUAGCGCCUGUAGUACAGCAGCUUUCAGGCCCACCCUCCCUCCCACCUCUUUUACCAGGCCCUCCUGCUGCUCCCCAUACACAACACCAAACUGUCCCUACACCUGCCUCUUCUUACAUCCCCACCUCAAGCUUGUCUUCCCUGCACAUUCCAGUUCCAAGCAGCCACAGCUCAGGAUCAGCUUUUCACGGUGUUGGUAUCGCUCCUAGCCACAGUUUCUCCGUUCCCAUGCAGACUCUACCUCCAGCUCCAAUCUUUACCUCACUGGGGUCGAGUAAUAUGGACAGCCUCGGUGGUGUGACCUUGAACCCACCGCAGCUACUGUCUGGCCCGGGCCCUUCCCUGGCUGGGGUACCUUCCAGCCUUGGCCCACCCUCUGGUCUUCCCUCUCUUCAGCAGGCUGCAAGUGGAAAUGUAGAUUCGAACCCUUUCACUCUGGCUCCUCCAGCAACCAUUGACACGAACAAUCCCGUUUUGCGCAACAUGAACAUGAUGGAUUUAGUGAGUCCGUCAGGGGGCAGCAACUCUUUCAAUGUGGCGGUUCCUGGUCCCACGCCCGAUUUAAUGCGGAGCAGCUUCAACACGUUGAGACAAGGACCUGCGGGGAUCCUAGAACCCCAGAGCUCUGUUCUUCAGCCAGGCCAUCUUCUGAACGUGUCGUCACGGAAUUUAGGUGGUGUCAACAUUGGAAGUCAGGGUCUCUCAAGUUUUUCUUCCGCUUCGAAUAUUCAUCAACUUCCUGGUGCUUUUAAUCCUGUGCCUGGGGGAUACAUGCAUAACUCUCUCCUCAGCACUGGGCAAGGCAUGUCUGGAGACCCUCUCUCAAAUGCUAGAAAUAUGCCAAACAUUCUACCAGACCCCAGCCUCAAUUUUUUGAACAGCGUACAGAAUGCCAGUCUCGGCUUUCCUGUGGCUCAUCCCGUUGGGCCUACCGCCAACAGCGCUUUUCCGUUCGGUCAACUUGGUGCUGCCACAUUUGCUCCCACUCCUGCUCCUGCCCCCACCAUCAACUUCGGAGGCUUAACCAUCCCCUCUGUGGACACCAGGAUGCCUUCCAUAAAUUCUGGUAUUCUAGACCCUUCCGUCUUCAGCAUGGGUGCAAGCCGGCACCCCUUACCGGGCCCCCCUACCCUGGGUAUGCUCGACGUACAGAGAUUUGCCGCACCUGGACUUCAUUUUGACGUACCCAGGGUGGUGGAUACAAAUUUUGUUGCUAGCCAGCUGGGUUUGGCUGGAGCAGUCAAUCCUACCUUCCUGCCUACAAACAUGACAAAUUUUCCAAACAUCUGACUUGGUGCUCCACCAAGCCAGUAUUUUGAACAGUUCGACAAACAAAGAACCAAAGAUCUGUGUUGUACAGGUUAUACUGUUUGACAUGCUGCAAUAUGUUUUAUUAUCUUCUUUUUUAUUUAGUUUCAUCAUUGGUGUUGUUUGUUUUUGUUAAAAGUAUACUUUGACGAUGUGCAUAUACACUUGAGACUUCAUUGAUUGUAAAUAUUGCUUUCAAUCUAGUUUUCUCUGAGUUAAUGUAUUUAUACGAUGUUAUUUACUUUGUGUUGCGUCAAAAGCAUUUACAUUUUUAGGUUUGUAUACCUUAUACUGAAAACCUCAGGCACACAGUAUACACUUUUAUACAUCCAGUUCCUUCAAAACCAGUUAUUUUGAAAAUGGUUAAGGCCUCACUGUAAGCCGAUUUAGGUUUACAAAUUUUAAUAAUGAAGAGCCCUUCAUUUUACAGAAGCUGUGGGUCCCUUUUUAUAUACGCAGUCAGUGUAAUGUUCUCCACUAUGACUGAUGAUGAUAAUAUUGAAUAACUAUAGUUUGCAUUGUGUCUUCCAUGUUCCAUACAGUAGUCUUUUCCUAAACGUAUGCUAUACAAAAGCACGCUCCGCUCAAACGCACGCUUUCGUCAUCUGACGGGUUUUUUACUAUAUAAUUUUUUAGACGUA